ACCCAAGACUGGACCAGUCGUCAUUUAGACUCAUAUCUCAUAGCAACCCCGCAAGAUUUUGUGGACUUUCCUAGGUUGAUGAAAUAGCAAGCAACUUGCUUUUGCUUUUGCUGCACAAAAUGGUUUGUUCCUGUCCUUCCGUCCUCUUUCAAUCACGAAUAAACAAGAGCAACAACGUUAGCCAAUUCAAAUACUCUUAAAGCCAAGUCUUACCAACUACAUAGGAACUCUGUUUCGAAUCCUUAUGUCUCCCAUUUCUUCCUCUGUUUUUGAGCACUCCAAAUGGAUCCCAAUAACUCCUUCGCAUUCAGAAAGCUUCUUUCUAUCUACAACUGUAUCUUUCUUUUCACAUACUUGGCCACCCAAACUGUAUCACAGCAUCCAAAGUUCAAGUCUUGUGAACCAAAAAACUGUGGUGCUGGCCCUAACAUAAGCUACCCUUUUUGGCUACCUCAAGAACAAGAAUCCUUUUGUGGCUAUCCAAAUUUUAUGCUCAACUGCAGUGACAAAGGGGCAGUACUCGCAAUUUCCAAUGAUGUUUAUAUCAUUAAAAAUAUCUCUUAUGCCAAUAAUUCUUUGCUUGUGGCUAAUGCUGCUGUGUAUGAGGAAAGCUGUCCAACUCCUUUGCAUAACAUUAACCUUGAUAGAACACCCUUUACUAUUAGUCCUGGCUAUACUAAUAUCUCCUUCUUCUACAAUUGUACCUCAAAGCCCAAAGAUAACUACUCUCUCUAUAAUUUAAGUUGUGCCACAAAUUCUACACAUUAUUCUUUUGUCGGUUUUCACUUGGAAGAAAUAGAGAUGCGCAGCAAUUACUCAUUGAAUUCAUGCCACGAUUUUGCUAAUGCUCCUAUCCACACUUGUGAAGAUAUUGGUAGUCUGCUUGGAGAAAAUUAUCGUGAGGUUUUGAAGAUGGGGUUCCUUAUGAAUUGGACUGCUCAUAAUUGUAGCACUUGUGAGAGAAGUGGUGGGCGUUGUGGAUUUGAGAAUAAUGAAUUCAUUUGUUUUUGCCGUGAUCGGCCUCGUCCCAAAUCUUGUGAUGCUGGAACUAGUUUGAAUGUGGGCCGGAAGGUUGCCAUAGGUCUUGGGGCAUCUAUUGGUACAUUAGUCAUAAUGCUCAUAGCCUUCUUCUUCUGGUACCGCCGCAAGAAAAGGCAAUAUGAAUCCAUUUUCUCUAGAAGCAUCAAAUCGGUUCCGUCUUCAAAGGCUCAUACGGAGAAGCGAAGUAGCUACAAUGGUGCUCAUCUAUUCUCUUAUGAAGAACUUGAAGAGGCCACUAACAAUUUUGAUAAGACCAGAGAGCUUGGAGAUGGAGGCUUCGGGACAGUAUAUUACGGAAAACUUCCAGAUGGGCUUGAAGUUGCAGUCAAGCGCUUAUACGAGAACAAUUAUAAGAGACUUGAACAGUUCUUGAAUGAAGUUGAUAUUCUAACUCCCCUGCGCCAUCAAAACCUUGUCCUACUGCAUGGAUGCACCUCUCGGGACAGCCGUGAACUCCUACUAGUUUAUCAGUACAUUCCCAAUGGUACACUUGCUGAUCAUCUUCAUGGUGAAAGAGCAAUGCCUGGUGCACUCCCUUGGUCUACUAGAAUGAAUAUUGCUGUGGAGACUGCAUGUGCACUGGCAUUUCUUCAUGCUUCUGAUAUUGUGCACCGUGACGUGAAAACCAGCAAUAUUCUCCUUGACAACAAUUUCUGUGUUAAAGUUGCAGAUUUUGGCCUAUCUCGACUCUUUCCCACAGAUGUCACCCAUGUUUCAACUGCUCCACAAGGGACUCCUGGUUAUGUUGAUCCAGAAUAUCAUCAAUGCUACCAGCUGACCGAUAAGAGUGAUGUCUAUAGCUUUGGGGUGGUCUUGAUUGAGCUUAUAUCAUCCAUGCCUGCUGUUGAUAUCUCUAGACACCGGCAUGAAAUUAAUUUGUCUACCAUGGCAAUCAAUAAAAUCCAAAGCAAUUCAUUGAAUGAACUUGUUGACCCCAGUCUGGGGUUUGAAUCAGAUUACGCAGCGAGAAAAAUGAUCAGGGCUGUGGCUGAGUUGGCUUUUCAAUGUCUGCAGAAUGCAAAGGAGUUGAGACCAUCUAUGGAAAAAGUGUUAGAGAUUCUAAAAGAAAUACAAAGCAGAGACUACAAUGCGGAAAAGGCAGUGGAUAUAAAUAGUCCUUCAGAUGAUGUUGGGUUGUUAAAGAGUGGUCCGAUACCGCCUUCACCUGAUACUGUCACUGUUACAUGGAUUAGCACGUCCUCGACACCUCAUGCCAGUGUUUAAUUGUUUCACUAAAUUCUCAAUUACAUAGUGAAGACAGGCAGGGACCUAUGUGCACUGAAGCAUGUGAUAGUGCCACUCUCUAUUUAUUUGCCGUUGAUUGGCAUUUGUAUUUUAGCCAGAUGUACAUAAAUUGUUAGUAUUUGCAAAUAUAAAUGUUCCCGUGUGUGGACCGUAUUUUGAGGCUUUGCAUUCAC